AUGGGUGACUGCGUGAUGACCUUCCAGAUUGGGGGGACCUCAAACCUCAGCAAAGCCUCUGCAGGAAACGAAGGUGCUGCACCUUCUGUGCGCGUGGCCAUCCCUCCUCGCUCUCUGCUGGUGUUGCGUGGUGCAGCCCGCUACACGUGGCAGCAUGGAAUUCCGGAGCCAGACGACUUUCUGUCGGAUCGGCGCCUGGCCAUCAUUUUCCGUCGGGUCAAGGGCGUACCUGAUAUCGCGAUGGCUUCCACGCCUGACGUGGAUGAUUCGGAGCGAGUGGAGACAUCCAAAGGCAUCAAGGCCAACGAUGAAGCCUCUGUCUUCUCUGCGCUGGAGGCAGCUGGUAAUCCGCAGCUGGUGCUAUUUGAUGGCUUCAAUGCUGAAGAGAGGUUUGGGCACUAUGUUCGAGAGAAGCUUCCCGAUGCGAUGCGCAUUCUGGACAUGCAAGAUUUCCACGCGCUUCGCUUAGGCCGCGAACGAUUGAUUGCGGAAGACGCAAGUGCGGGUGCAGUUGCAUCCUAUUUGCCAACAGCUUUCGAUGAGGACUUGCAGCGCGAACUGGCAGCUGUACAUCGAUGCGAUGUAACGCUGGCUAUCUCGGAGCAUGAGAAAGAGCUGCUGGUAGACACCUAUGGCUUGCCAAGUUGGAAGGUGGUUGCAGCGCCGUUUGGCUUCGAUUGCUCUUCAGAGGAGCUGCCAAGCUAUGAGGAACGAAGAGGGGCCAUGUUCAUUGGGAAUUGGCGCCACAGGCCAAACCGGGAUUGCGCGAAGUGGCUUAUCGAGAAGGUGUGGCCAGCAGUGCGACAGCGGCUACCGAAACUGAAGCUGAGCGUCUAUGGCGCGAACCAAACUCCCGAAGAUGCUGCGCUGACUCAAGAGAAUGUGGGUGCGUAUGUGCGUGGUUAUUGCCGCUCAGUGGAGAAGGCCAUGCAGCAGCAUCGGCUGUUGGUGGCACCACUGCGGUAUGGUGCUGGUGUGAAGGGGAAGGUCCUGGAAGCCAUGCAGCAUGGCUUGGUAGUUGUUACGACUCCGGUGGGCGUUGAGGGCAUUGCUCCUCCAGACGAGUUCCCUGGCUAUGUUGUGGAGACCGGGGCAGAGGAUCCUGAGGCCUUCGCUGAUGCCAUUGCAGAAGCCUUGCGUGACCCAUCGGAGUGGGAGGUGCGUCAGCGACGGGCCUCGGCACUUCUGGCAGAGAGCUUUGACGCGACCCGCUUGGAGGAAGAGCUGAGGGACUACUUAAGAGAGCGCUGGCAACGGCUUGCCGCCGAUCGUCAGCGGGACUUCGUUGGGCAAAUGCUUUGGCACAGCUCGUUGCGCUCCACGCAGCUGAUGGCAAAGUAUAUUGCCGCGAAGGAGCAGGCUGGUACGUUGCAGCAGACCUUGGACAAAUAG